UAUAUAAUGAAUAUUGAAAGAAAAUAAACCCAACUUUUCUCUCUCUAUCUCUCCGAUGAAGAAGUACAGAGAGCUUAAGUUUUUGCUGUUGGUUUUGUUUUCAGUUGUAUUCGCCGCCGUGCCCGGCGAAUGUCAGGCCCAGUGUAAUAACUCCUCGAAAGGUGGUUGCUCAGCCGGAUCGUAUUGUUUUUCUUGCUUUGAAGGAUUUGCAGGUUCUCGCUGUGUCAGAUCCGCCAUUACCAACCAAUUCAAGCUUCUUAAUAAUUCUCUACCAUUCAACAAGUAUGCAUUCUUGACUACUCACAAUUCAUUUGCGAUCAGAGGAGAGAAAUCUCACACUGGAUUUCCUAGAAUCACCCUUACAAACCAAGAAGACACUGUCACUCAGCAACUCAAUAAUGGAGUUAGAGCCUUAAUGCUGGACAUGUAUGACUUCAAAGAUGAUGUUUGGUUAUGCCAUUCAUUUAGAGGAAAAUGUCACGAUUUAACUGCCUUUGAACCAGCAAUUGACACGUUGAAAGAGGUGGGUGAGUUUAUGUCUGCAAAUCCUGGGGAGAUUAUUACCAUAAUAUUGGAAGAUUAUGUAGAAUCCCCAAAAGGGUUAACCAAGGUUUUCACUGAUGCUGGUUUAAUGAAGUAUUGGUUCCCACUUUCAAGAAUGCCUAAAAAUGGUAAAGAUUGGCCUCUUGUUAGUGAUAUGGUGGCUAAAAACCAAAGGCUUAUCGUUUUUACUUCUCAAAGGUCUAAGGAAGCAUCUGAACAAAUUGCUUACCAAUGGAACUAUAUGGUUGAAAACCAGUAUGGAAAUGGAGGGAUGAAAGAAGGGGAAUGUCCAAACAGAGGAGAAUCAUCGGCCAUGAACGACACCAGCAAGUCGUUGGUUUUAGUUAAUUUCUUUCAAACUGUACCGGAUGAGAACUAUGCAUGUGUUCAAAACUCUGACAGACUUAUUAGAAUGCUUCGGACAUGUCGAAAUGAUGCGGCCGGUCGUUGGGCUAACUUUGUAGCAGUUGACUACUACAAGAGGAGUGUUGGAGGAGGGACAUUUGAGGCUGUGGACACUUUAAAUGGAGAGCUUCUAUGCGGCUGUUCGGAUAUCCAUUCUUGUGUGCCUGGAUCUUCUCGAGCAACCUGCGAGAAGAAACGAUGAUGAUGAUGAUGUAGUCCACAGUUGUAGAAAUUGGGUUUACAGGAUUGUUGAUGAAAUACUAUUAAUAUAAAAUUCCUGUUAAAUCUAAUUAUUUGCAAGCAAUAUAAUACUUCAAAG